GCAAACCAUAAAAACUACCGCCUAUGACUCCUUACCCUUCGUCCCAUCGUAUCAAGCCUGCCUUCUGAAUACUAGCGCCGUCAUACCAUCAACGGCCUCUCACUCAUUGCAGCACAGUUUUGGCACAAACACACACGCGCGUCAGCCCAAAGAACCAAUUUGCACAUGUCGUCGAUCCCACGACCGUAUCGAGUAGGCGGAAUAAACGUCUGCUGCUACCACAACUGCACACAGGCCGCGGCCAUUCACGCAGAGCUGAAGAAGCUUCACAUCGACGCUGCCGUGGUCGACCACGCCUUCAUCCUGUCCCCACUGCAGCUCGCCGUCGCCUUCUUUCGUGUUGAAUCAAACUAUGACUUUGUUGCGCCAACAAAUAAGACGAUGGGCGAAGGUCAGCAGCAGCAACAUGAAACGCUGCAGUCGUCGACUACGACUGACGCCGUCCCCACCGCGGCGGCAGCGCUGCCAGGCCGAAGGAUGUCCUUCAGUCGCCGCCUUUUCGCCUCCCUCUCCCUCACCCACAACCUCGAUCGCAUUCUGCAAGUCCUACCACCCGGUCCGCACACGAGCAGCGUGGUGAUUCUGUAUCGGUCCCCACGCGCCGCGUCCUCCAAUCCAACGUUCUCGCCCGUGCGUGUGGAUCCUUCAUCGCACAGCGAUAGCAACCUGCAGGACAACAGCAGUGCCGUCGAACUGGAGCGGUCCAUUGAGUCCGCAAUUCAGCAGUCGGUUCGUUCUACCAAUCACACCGCCGCCGAGCACAGCUUCUGCAACACGUCAGAGCCGUUCUGGAAGAGCAGCGCCGUGCAGUACGCGGACGUGUCGAAGCUGAUGGAGUACUAUAGCGUUUCCGAAGCAAUGAUGAUGGCAGCCCAGCACAGUCUGACAAGGCGAGAUGCUCAGCGGGUAUGCAGCGCAGCCGUGGACGGCUCCGUGGAGGCGCAGCGGCAGGCGUUGCGCUGGCACACGUUGGAGCUGUGCGUCACUACGCAGCUGGCGGCGUGCACGGCAUAG